GGAUGGAAUGGUAUGGGACAGGAUGGAUCUGGAGGGGCUGUGGGUCUGGCCCCCAUCCCAUCUGGAUGUCCUGCAGACCUUCCGCCCUGCGGCCAUGCUGGUGGAGCGCUCAGCCGACUUUGGGCGCACCUGGAAGGUGUACCGCUACUUCGCCUACAACUGCUCCAAGCUCUUCCCUGGAAUCCCCAGCCACCCCCAGGGGCUUGUGGAUGAGGUGCUAUGUGACCAGCGCUACUCUGAGAUCGAGCCAUCCAGCCAUGGGGAGGUCAUCUUCAAGGUGUUGGAUCCCUCCAUCCCCGUAGCAGAUCCCUACAGCCCAGACAUCCAGGACCUGCUUCGUGUCACCAACCUGCGGGUGAACCUCACCAAGCUGCACACGCUGGGGGACAACCUGCUGGACUCACGGCGGGAGGUGCUGCACAAGUACUACUAUGCUGUGGAUGAACUGGUGCUGCGUGGGAGCUGCUUCUGCCACGGCCACGCUGCCCACUGUGCCCCAGCACCGGGUGCCCCAACACCCUCUGUCCCCGGCAUGGUCCACGGGCGCUGUGUCUGUGAGCACCACACGCAGGGGCUGAACUGCGAGCGCUGCGAGGAUUUCUACCACGACCUGCCCUGGCGCCCGGCCGAGGGCUCCAGCACCAACGCCUGUCGCCGCUGUGACUGCAAUGAGCACUCACGGCGGUGCCACUUUGACAUGGCUGUGUUCCUGGCCACGGGGAACACCAGUGGGGCUGUGUGUGAUGACUGCCAGCACAACACCAUGGGCCGCCACUGCCACCUCUGCAAGCCCUUCUACUACCGGCACCCUCGCUCCGACAUCCGGUCCCCCACUGCCUGUGCCCCAUGUGAUUGUGACCCGGCAGGCUCGCUGGAUGGAGGUGCCUGCGAUGGGCACACGGACGUGGCGCUGGGCAUGAUUGCGGGGCAGUGCCGCUGCAAGGAGAACGUGGCCGGUCCCCGCUGUGACCGCUGCCAGCACGGCGCCUACGGCCUCAGCCAUGGCGACCCACAGGGCUGUCAGCCAUGCAGGUGUGACCCGCGGGGUACGGUGGCAGGCAGCUCCCCGUGUGACCCCAUCAGUGGGGACUGCUACUGCAAACGCUUUGUGGCUGGGCGCUCCUGCAGCCAAUGUGUGCCCGAGUUCUGGGGUCUGAGCUACGACUUGGGGGGCUGCCGGCCCUGCGCUUGCGACUUCGGGGGAGCCUACAACAACCGGUGCUCCAUGGAGGAUGGGGCAUGUCCCUGCCGUCCCCACAUCAUGGGGCGGCAGUGUGACCAGGUACAACCCGGCUUCUUCUGUGCCCCCCUCGACUACUACACCUAUGAGGCCGAGCAGGCCACUGGCCAUGGCCACAGCCACCCUCAGCUCCCGGGUGCCAUUCGGGUGGAGGUGCCCCAGGACUGCCUGGACUAUGACACCAAGGAGCCGCCGGGGCGGAAGGGACGCUCACGGCACCAGCACAGCCCCCUCCGUGCUCCCCAGCCCCCUGUCCCCUCGCGCCGCAGCCGCCAGCAGCCCCCCAAGCUGGACGUGGAGGAGGUGGUGCGGGACAGUGCCGGGCGCAUGGUGACGUGGACAGGCUUGGGGUUCGCCCGGGUGCGGGACGGGGCUGGCCUGACCUUCCGCGUGGACAACGUGCCCUACCCCAUGGACUACGAGCUGCUGCUGCGCUAUGAGCCCGAGUCAGCCGAGGACUGGGAGGCCGUGGUCAGUGUCAGCUCCCGGGUGCUGCCCACCAGCUCUCGCUGUGGGAACCUGCUGCCCUCCGAGCAGAUGUACGUGCUGCUGUCCCGGCCCUUCUGCUUCGAGCCCAGCACCCCUUAUGAGGUGACCAUGCGGCUUCAGCGGGCUGGUGUCACCCAGCGCCACCCUGGCGCCUUCAUCCUCAUUGACUCGUUGGUGCUCCUGCCACGGGUGUCAGAAUUGCCAGGGUUCCACGGGGCAGAGGCAGCAGCACGCCAGGAGGAGCUGGAGCGGUACCAGUGCCUGGAGGUGUUUCGCAUGGCCCCCCCUCAUCCCCUGGCCGAGGCCUGUGCCCGCCUGGUCUGCAGCGUCUCAGCCCUGAUGCACGGCGGGGCACUGCCCUGCCAGUGCGACCCACAGGGCUCCCGCAGCAGCGAGUGCCAGGUGCAAGGCGGGCAGUGUGAGUGCAAGCCCCACGUCAUUGGCCGACGCUGUGACCACUGUGCCCCAGGCAGCUACGGCUUUGGGCCCCUGGGAUGCAGCCCCUGCACCUGCUCCCCCGAGGGCUCCGUGUCCCAGCUGUGUGACAAAGUGAGUGGGCAGUGCCGGUGCCAGCCCGGCACCGUGGGCCGGCAGUGUGACCAGUGCCAGCCCGGCCACUGGGGCUUCCCUGCCUGCCGGCCCUGCCAGUGCAACGGGCACGCCGAGGAGUGCGACCCCCGGACGGGCACCUGCCUGCGCUGCCGCGACCACACGAGCGGGCGGCAUUGUGAGAGGUGCCAGGAUGGUUACUAUGGGAACCCUGUGCUGGGCUCAGGACAGCAGUGCCGGCCCUGCCCCUGCCCUGGCUACCCUGGCACACGGCAUUACCACGGGAAUUCCUGCCAUGCGGACGAUGAGACACACCACAUCAUCUGCCUCUGCGCCCCUGGAUACGCGGGGCCCCGCUGUGACCGCUGCUCCCCUGGUUACUUCGGGGCUCCGGAGAUGGAGGGGGGGGAGUGCCGGCCCUGCCAGUGCAACAACAACAUCGACGCCAGCGACCCGGAGGGCUGCGACCCCCGCACGGGACAGUGCCUGCGCUGCCUGUACCACACCGCCGGGCCACGCUGCGCCCAGUGUCAGCCGGGCUACUACGGCAGUGCCCUGCAGCGCAGCUGCCGGCUGAGCUGCACAGUGAGCAUGGCACUGUCGCUGCAGGUGACAGGGCAGUGCCAGUGCCGGCCUGGCUUCGGGGGUCGUGUCUGUUCCCAGUGCCAGGAGCACCACUGGGGAGACCCCGAGCAGGAGUGCAGAGCCUGUGAGUGUGAGCCGCUGGGUGCUGAGAGCCCGCAGUGCGAGCAGGACAACGGGCAGUGCCGGUGCCGGCUGGGAUUCGGGGGGCUGCGCUGUGACCGCUGCCAGCGGGGCUACCAGGAGCCCUUCCCCCACUGCUCACCCUGCCACCCUUGCUUCGGGCACUGGGACCUGGCCGUGGGCAGCCUGCGGGAAGGGCUCCAGCGCCUUGGGGCACAGGUGCAGGCACUGAGGGAGGGGGGAUCUGCACUCCCACUCAGCCCCCGUCGCCUGCGAGAGCUGGAGGAGGCUCUGGGGCACGUGGAACAGCUGAUGGGAGAGGGAGACAGCCCUGGUAGUCCCCUCCUCGAUGGACUGCCCAGGCAGCUGGAUGGCACCAGGAUGGAGCUGGACAAUUUCUGGAAGCACCUCCAAGAGUUGGAGCAACAUCUCGACCAGCUGGCACAGGCAGAUAUGCAGCACCAUGACCGGCUAGCUGAGCUGAGCCGUGAGCUGGGACGUCUCAACCAAACCACCUCCGACCUCCAAAUCCUCCUCGGCACUGUAGCGGCUGCCGGAUUCAGCGAGUCUUACCGCAGCAUCCUGGCAUCGGUGGAGGCCUCGCGGCAGGCAGAGGUGGUGGCCAAUGGCACAGCUGGCGAGCUAAGUAACGCGCGGAUGAUGCAGCGGACAACUGAGCGGGCACUGCAGCAGCGGGGUGAUAUUUUCCGCCGUGGCACAGCCGCAGCCCGGAAAUCCUUGCGGGAGACACAAAAACAGGUGGUGGGACUCAGCAUUGCCAGGGUUAACGAGAAGAUUUGUGGGGCACCUGGAGACCAGAGCUGCAAGCACGCGUCUUGUGGAGGCGCCUUGUGCCGAGACAGUGCAGGGAUGAGGCACUGCGGCGGCACUGGGUGUGCAGGGGCACUGCCUAUCUCAGCUCGAGCCCUGAGCAGUGCCCGUAAUGCCUCACAGCAGCUGGAGGUGGCAUUAGGGCAGCUGGGUGUUGUGGCACAGAAGAUGCAGGAGGUGCAGGAGCUGGCACGGGGGGCACGCAGCAGGGCAGAGGAGGCGCUGGGGCGCUCUCAGGCUGCCCGCAGCCAUGCAGAGAAGGCGACGGCCCAGCUCCGGGACUUCAUCCGCCGAAUCAAGGCCUUCCUGGCAGAAGAGGGAGCUGACCCAGCCAGCAUCGAGCUGGUGGCCCGUCAGGUGCUGAACAUCUCCCUGCCCAGCAGCCCUGGACAGAUCCAGGAGCUGCUGUGGGAGAUGCGGGAGAGCAUCAGCCAGCUAGAGGGGGUGGACGCAGUUCUCAACAGCACCGCGGAGGGGCUGGCUGUGGCACGGGAUCUGCUGGCACAGGGACAGGAGGCCAGGGAGCGAGCAGAAGGCGUAAGGGAUGAGCUGGUGGGGACACAGCAGGCACUGGAGGUGGCACGGACACAGGCGAUGACAGCAGGGAGCACCCUGCAGAGUGCCAGGGAUGCCAUCCAGGUGGCUGAGAACAGAGCCAGGGAGGCGGAGCGCAGGCUGCAGGUGCUGGACAGGAAGGAGUCGCAGGCGCAGAGGCGGCUGCGGGAACUGGCACAGCGCAUCACCACCCUGCAGGAACACAGCAGGGAUGCUCGCCACAUGGCCCAGCAAGCCAAGGAUGGGGCACAGCGUGCCACCACCACCUCGGGGACGCUUAGCCAGGACCUCGCACAGGUAACACAGCGUUAUGUGGUGCUGAAGAACCGGGUGGGCACGCUGGACAGGGUGUCUGGUGGGGUCCUGCAGCGUGUGUCGCAGCUGAUGGCAGAGGCCCAAGACCUCCUGGAUAAGGCCAGCAACAGCAAGAGGAAGCUGGAAGACCUGGAGCAGCGCUUUGGGGCCAAUGAACGGACAAUGGCAGCAAAGGUGACACGACUGCAGGCUUUGGAGCAGCAGGUCACCGGGCUGUUGCAGGAGAUCCGGGAGAGGGCCAACGCUUACGCCACCUGCUAGGGACCACUGGCGGGACCGGGGGCCGGUCCUGCCCCGCCGCCCCGCAGGUCCCCGAGCCCGGCAGUCCCGUCCACUCUGCAGGUGCCUUUAGUGUGGGUGCGCCUGCAAAUAAAGCCCUAAACUGUG